GGGCACAGGUGGGUGGCACUGGUGGGCACAGGUGGGUGUGCACAGUGGCACAGGUGGGUGCAUUGCUGGGCACAGGUGGGUGCACUGCUCGGCACAGGUGGGUCCACUGCUGGGCACAGGUGGGUGAUCUGCUGGGCACAGGUGGGUGGAGCUAGUGGGCGCACUGCUGGGCACAGGUGGGCGGAACUUGUGGGUGGCACUGCUGGGCACCGAUCAUCAGGGCACUGAUCAUCAGUGCCCUGAUGAUCGGUGCCGAUCCUCGCUCUGACAAGUGCCGGUUCUCGGCAGUACUUUCCUCACGAUCUGACAGCGUGAGGAAAGUGCAGCCGAGAACCGGCAAUUGAAU